AUGGCAAUAUUAAAAAAUUUAAUUUCAAUUAAAUCAAAUGAAAAGAAUGGUUUCUUAUUAAAUAAAAGUUAUGAUGAAUUUUCCAGUAAUAUUUUGUAUAGUAAAUCAGAGUCUCAAAAAGAAAGCAUUUGGAAACUCCCAACUAUUCAAGAUUCUCAUACUUACACAGGUUCUGCACAUUUUAUUAACAAUUGUGAUACUACCAAUUGUAAUACGGCAAUUAAUUUAAUUAUUAAUCCAUUUUUUGUAAAUGUUUUUUUAAUUCUAAAAAAGGAAAUCGUGCAAUGA